GAAAGUUCAAAACUUGUAGCGACGGCAACGGUAAAAACAUCACGGAACAGCGAGCAACAAUGAUCCGACAAGCGAAGGCUAAAACGCCCCGCAAGCCUCCUCCGAAAAAGCCUUCCAGCAACCAGAAAGACCCGGUUGGGGUGUACUGUCGUGUACGGCCCCUGGGUUUGGAGGAUGAGGAGUGCUGCAUCGAGGUUAUAAGCAGCUCCACCAUCCAGCUGCACGCCCCUGAAGGCUUCAAAACAAACCGCAAUGGAGAAUACAAAGAGACUCAGUAUUCCUUCAAAAAAGUAUUUGGAUUGUCAAUAACUCAGAUAGAGCUGUUUGAGCAUGUGGCCAAACCUCUUGUUGAUGACCUCAUCCAUGGAAAAAAUGGUCUGCUCUUCACGUACGGGGUCACAGGAAGUGGGAAGACGUUCACUAUGACUGGCUCUCCGGGCCAGGGUGGUCUUCUCCCUCGCUCACUUGACAUGAUCUUCAACAGUAUAGGACCCUACCAGGCCAAAAGAUAUGUUUUAAAGACUGAUGAAAAAAAUGGCUUGGAGGUCCAGAAUGAAGUCGAUGCUUUAUUGGAGCGCCAGAGGCGGGAAAACAACAUGCCUGUUCCUAAAUCUUCAUCUUCCUCCUCCAGACAAAAAGAUCCGGAAAUUGCUGACAUGAUCACGUCAGCGGAGGCUUAUAAAACCGACGCUGUGGAUGAGGACAGCAGCUACACCGUGUUCGUCUCCUACAUAGAAAUCUACAACAACUACAUCUAUGACCUUCUGGAGGAAAAUCAGGAGGAUGCAAUCAAACCAAAACCACCUCAGUCUAAAAUCCUCAGAGAGGAUCAGAAUCACAACAUGUACGUGGCUGGUUGCAUGGAGGUGGAGGUGAAGUCUGCUGAGGAGGCGUUUCAAGUAUUCUGGAGAGGUCAGAAGAAGAGGAAGGUGGCGAACACUAGUCUGAACAGAGAAUCCAGCCGCUCCCACAGCGUGCUCAUCGUUAAACUGGCUCAGGCUCCUCUCGAUGCAGACGGCGACAACAUUCUCCAGGAUAGAAACCAGGUGACUGUGAGCCAGCUGUGCCUGGUGGACCUGGCAGGAAGUGAGCGCACCGGCAGGACGGGGGCAGAAGGCACUCGUGUACGGGAAGCAGGUAACAUCAAUCAGUCUCUGCUGAAUCUGCGGACCUGCAUGGAGGUCCUUCGAGAGAACCAGCUGUACGGCACAAACAGGAUGGUCCCCUACAGAGACUCUAAAGUGACCCAUCUGUUCAAGAACUACUUUGACGGAGAGGGCAAAGUCAGAAUGGUUGUCUGUGUCAACCCCAAAGCUGACGACUACGAGGAAACAUUGCUGGUGAUGCGCUUUGCAGAGAUGACCCAGGAGGUGGAGGUGGCUCGGCCAGUGGACCGACCCAUCUGUGGCUUCACCCCGGGGCGUCGCCAUAGAAACCAGGCCUUCAAGGAGGAACUGUCUCGCAAGCUGGACGAGCGUGGUGGUCCGCUAGGGGGAGACUUGACCUCUGUUAUAACCAACCUGGCGCACAGCCUCCCACCCCUCCCCUCCUGUGAGCUGACCGACCCCCACGAUGACAUCACGCUGCCCCGGCUGAUUGAAGCCCUGCAGAACAGACACAGGGUCAGGCAGAUGAUGAUUGACGAUUACAACGAAGCAGCCAACAGGAUCAAGUCAAUGCUUCAGGAUCUGGACAACAGCCAAAUAUCCAAAGACAAUUUCAUUCAUGAACAAAAUGGCAAACUGGUGGAGUUGGACAGAAUCCUCCAGAACAGCAGGGCAGAGAUCGAGCGCUUGGAGAAGAAAAACAAGAUGCAAGAACACAAGAUUGACAUCCUGCAGAAAACCACUAAAAUCUAUGAGGGUGACAAGCGUUCUCUGCAGACUGAGCUGGAAACCAGAGAGCAGCGGCUGCAGAGGGAGCAGUUGGAGAAGAGACGCAUAGAGCAGCGCCUAAACGGCGUUGUGACUGAUACCCAGUACAAGUGGGAGAAAGAAUGUGACCGACGCGUCAACGCGAUGCAGCUGGAGAUGCAGAACAAGCUCUGGGUGAAAGACGAGAAGCUGAAGCAGCUCAAAGCCAUCGUGACGGACAGCAAGACUUCAGGUCAUCCUGCACUUCCUCCGCGCCAGACGCAGCCUCAGAGGCCCUCCAGAGAGGAACUUCCUCAGAAACCCUCCAGAGAGGACCGCCUUCAGAGAUCCGCCUCGCCCUCACCUGUCCCUGUAUUGUAUUAUCUAGAUGGACACCAAGGUACUUAAUGUUUUUCUGCUUUGUAGACGACCACUCCGGUGCGGGCGCUGCACCGCCGCUCCCGCUCAGCCGGCGGAGAGAAGUGGGUGGACCAUAAGCCCUCCUCCAGCGUCGACCUGGGGACAGUUCUGCAGCCCGUCAUCCCCAACGCCAUCCAGGUGUCCACCCCCAGUGAGAAGGCCCUGUCCAAGUGUGACCGAUACGUGUUGACGCACCAAGAGGUCGCUUCUGACGGAGAGAUACAGACCCAACUUAUUAAGGGGGAGGUUAUUAAGACCCGAGGAGGAGGACAGUCUGUGCAGUUCACGGACAUCGAGACGCUGAGACAGGAGCUCACCACCGUCCCCAGGCUCAAAAGAAAGUCUUCAGAGGGAGCACCUGCCAGCGGAGAGCGAACAGAUGGAUCGUGGACUGAUGUGGAGACGAGGUGUUCUGUGGCUAUGGAGAUGAGGGCUGGAUCCAACAUGGGACCCGGCUACACACAUCAGGGGAUCACCAAGCGCAGAAAACCCUAAAGCAGCUUCCUCCUGAGACCACUCCCCUCACCUGGCUGUUGUGCAAUAGUCUGAACUUUUUCUAUUUAGCUCUAGUGAUGAUAUUUAAACAUUUUCCAUGCUUUAUCUAUAUAUAUAUAUGGGUCACCAAAGUUGUUUUGUAUAAAUAAUUGUAUGCUGUAUUUUAACCCAUAGAAAAAAAAAAUGUUGUGAUUCAGUUGAGGUCGUGGCAGAUAUUAGUAACUGCUGCUGAAAAGAGGCUGUUUGCACAUUUGUGUGUCACGUGGUGUUACUUGGCACAUGAGGAGUCGUUGUGAAUCUGCCACAAUGAUUUCACUACCUACUCUUUCUGUGGGGAAUUAUAUAGAGCUUAAAGUAGAGUUUGAUUUAUUCAAUUUCUUUCUUUAUGAAACUGAUCUUUUCUGCUUUCACUGUAAACUCAGGAAUAAAAUUCCUUUGAUGCCG